UUACAACGUGACAUUAAAGCCUGAUGUGUGUUGCGUAAUGUGAUCAGUACUGCUGUCCUCACCCACUACUCCAAGGUCCAACUUCUAAGUUAGUGAUCUGUACCAGACAGACACAGACAGUCCUUUCUGACCAGGUCAACAGAUCACUUACAUUGCCUGUAAAUAUGGGAGACUGGGGAUUCCUGUCAACCUUGCUGGACAAGGUCCAGUCCCAUUCCACAGUCAUCGGGAAGAUCUGGAUGAGCGUCCUCUUCCUGUUCAGGAUCAUGGUUCUGGGUGCUGGUGCGGAGAGUGUCUGGGGCGACGAGCAGUCGGGUUUCCUCUGUAACACUCAGCAACCUGGUUGUGAGAACGUCUGCUAUGAUUGGACCUUCCCCAUUUCGCACAUUCGCUUCUGGGUCCUCCAGAUCAUCUUUGUCUCCACGCCGACGCUGGUCUACCUGGGCCACGCCAUGCAUGUCAUCCACAAGGAGAACAAGAUGAGGGAGCAGCUGGCGAGCCCAGGUGGCACCCGGCUGCUGAAAGUGCCUAAAUACACCGAUGAAAAGGGAAAGGUGAAGAUCAAGGGGAACCUGCUGGGGAGCUACCUGACCCAGCUCGUGUUCAAGAUCAUCAUCGAGGGGGCCUUCAUUUUAGGCCAGUACUACCUGUACGGCUUCGUGAUGGUCCCCAUGUUCCCCUGCUCUAAAAAGCCCUGUCCCUUCACCGUGGAGUGCUACAUGUCCCGACCCACAGAGAAGACCAUCUUCAUCAUCUUCAUGCUGGUGGUGGCCUGCAUCUCCCUGGUCCUCAACUUCGUCGAGAUGUUCUACCUGCUCUGUACCAGGGUCCGAUGUGGGUCCAGGCCUCGCACCCACAAGGUCACGUCACCAGAAAACCCUGCCAGCCUGUUAGGUGCCAGGUGGCCGACUACAGAGGAUUCGCUGAAGCAGAACAAGCUGAACAUGGAGAUGGAGAGCAGCCACAGUGUCGGUGGGAGUCUGGACGGCGCCAAAGAUGAGAAACGACUCCUGAGUGGCCAUUAGAAGAUUUCUCCCCAGGCAAAUCUGAGAGACUGAACAGAUCUUACAAUGCGGCGUACAAAUCAUGACGGAGCAUCAAAGAAAAGUUGUAUCAUCGUGUAGUAAAGUGAUAUUAUUUCCCUUUGGAAUUCUACUGUAUUGUGUAUGCUUCAACUGGAAAUCUAAUAAUGGAAAGCGUGCAAUAUUGAUGACGUAUUUAUGUUCUUUGAUACUCAUUUGUGAAUCUAUAAGGAAGCAGAAUUGUGUCUUUAUUUCCAGUUAUUGAAUGCAUCUUAUAAGUUAUUCACAGGUUCCUUAUCUCAGACUUGACAUAAUUUUGAUGAAUGAUGUUGAUAAUUGUGGUGAAGCGUGUGUUUCUACUGUAUGUGGUAGACAUUUUUGUAUGCUAUAUUGUUUUCAAUAAAUGGUUAGAAUUGGAAAGAAAA